UUUUGUAUUAUAUUCGCUACUUUAUUUUAUUUUAUUUUAUUAUACCGGAUGGAUUUCCAUCCGCACGCUUACGGUCCGAGGAGAGGAACGCCACCAAGCAAUAGCGAAGUCUCACGGCAAUGGCGGCCUCUUACUAGUUAGAGUUGCCAACCUCCUCGUGAACUUCCGUUCCCCGCCGACCACAAAUUCUCGCUUUUCCUUCCAGGGGCCACUACAAUCCCUCGAUGGCCUCUAUUACUCCGCAUUCCGCUUCUUUCCGUCGCGGACGCCGCCGCCGCCUACACUCAUCGCUUCUUAAUUCGUCAUUGUCGCCACGCAGCGUUUCACAGCUUGACUUGCGCCGCUUAUCAAAACCUCGCCCGGCGCUGCGAGCUUUGGUGGCUGCGUCUUUGAUCGACCACAGAGAGGGAAACAGAGGACCGAUUAGGCAGAGUGGGAAUUUCGCGACGGCGGCCACGAAGAGGAAUGUGUUCAGCGAGGGAAUAGUGAGCGCCGGCGGCGAGGAAGAAGGAGGGAAUUCAAACUCCUAUGAGGACGAGCAUUUCGUGCGGUGGUUCCGGGAAGCUUGGCCUUAUCUCUGGGCGCAUAGGGGCGGUACUUUUGCGGUUAUUAUCUCUGGUGAAAUUGUGUCCAGCCCUUACUUGGAUGCAAUUCUCAAGGACAUAGCAUUCCUUCAUCACCUGGGAAUUAGGUUCGUGAUCGUCCCAAGCACUCAUGUUCAAAUUGAUAAUCUUUUGGCCGAGAGAGGGCUUGAGCCUAAGCAUGUGGGGCCCUACAGAAUUACUGACCCAGAAGCUCUAGCUGCAUCAAUGGAAGCGGCUGGCAAGAUUCGGGUAAUGAUAGAGGCUAAACUUUCUCCUGGACCUUCCAUAUGCAAUGUGCGCAGGCAUGGUGACAGUAGCAGGUGGCAUGACGUUGGAGUCAGUGUUGCUAGUGGCAAUUUUCUCGCGGCCAAGAGAAGAGGAGUUGUUGGAGGUGUUGACUUUGGGGCAACAGGUGAAGUGAAGAAAUUAGAUGUUGACCGUGUGAUAGAGAGGCUUGACAGUGGUUGCAUUGUUGUGCUAAGCAACUUGGGCUAUUCAAGCUCUGGUGAAGUUUUGAAUUGCAACUCAUAUGAAGUUGCGACAGCUUGUGCCUUAGCAAUUGGUGCAGACAAACUUAUUUGCAUCAUGGAUGGUCCUAUUCUUGAUGAUAAUGGGCACCUCAUUAGUUUCCUAACUCUUGAGGAAGCAGACACUUUGAUUCGUGAGCGGGCUAAGCAAAGUGAGGUAGCCGCUCAUUACGUGAAGGCUGUUGCAGAGGAGGACCCUUCUUAUUCUGUCAAAGACGCAGAUUCUAUUUCCAUAGUUCCUUCCUCACAGAAUGGGACAGCUGUCAACACUAAACACAAUGCAGCAUUUCACAAUGGUGUUGGUUUUGACAGUGGAGGUGGAUUGUGGUCAGGCGAACAAGGUUUUGCCAUUGGUGGUAAGGAAAGACUUAGUCGAUCUCACGGUUAUUUCUCGGAAUUGGCUGCAGCAGCUUUUGUUUGCAAAGGUGGUGUCCAAAGAGUUCAUCUGCUAGAUGGUACAAUCGGCGGGGUUUUACUGUUAGAACUCUUUAAAAGAGAUGGGAUGGGAACUAUGGUGGCUAGUGACCUAUAUGAAGGAACCCGAAUGGCUAGGGCGAAUGACCUUGCUGGAAUAAAGCAGAUCAUACAACCUUUACAAGAAGCGGGAGUGUUGGUCCGAAGAACUGAUGAAGAGCUGCUUAAAACGUUAGAUUCGUAUUAUGUGGUGGAAAGAGAAGGUCAAAUCAUUGCUUGCGCUGCUCUUUUCCCUUUCUUUGAGGAUAAAUGUGCAGAGGUGGCAGCUAUUGCAGUUUCUUCUGAUUGCCGUGGGCAAGGGCAAGGAGACAAAUUGUUAGAUUAUAUGGAGAAGAAGGCAUCCUCACUGGGUUUGGACACACUGUUCCUCCUGACUACCCGGACUGCAGAUUGGUAUGUUAUCUAUCUAUCAUUUGUUGCGAAAACUCUAUGAUAGUUGCCUUUGUCUUCUUUUGUUUGAAUCAGAGCUGCCAUUAUUAUUCCAUGAAUCCUGUGUAUGGUUGGUUUUAUGUUUGUUUGCAGGUUCAAGAGACGUGGGUUCUCUGAAUGUUCAAUUGACCUGAUUCCCGAACAAAGAAGGAAGAAGAUCAAUUUGUCUCGUAACUCAAAAUACUACAUGAAGAAGUUGCUUCCUGAUACAAGUGGAAUAACGCUCACUACCAGGCCAAUCAGCUGGCAAUAAAUAGCUAAUCCAAGUCGUGACUUAUUGCUUGUGUAGACGUGCAGUAAGCCUCAAAUCUCUAUUGGCAUUUGGCCUGCGGCUUGACUUGGAAUCAGAACUUGAGCAAACACUCAAGCUAGGAGUUGUUUGUGUUUAUCCUGAUGUAUAUUUUUGACAGUUUCGAAGUAUGUGCUUCGUGAGUUUAGAGGGGACACCAAGGAUUCCCAAGAGAAUGAUGGCUCGCUGAAGAAGUCGAUGGUGCAACUUGAUUAUGGGGAGUAUGAUGAGGAGCAGAGAGUGCAGGCAAUGACAAUGUUGUUCAAGGGUCGUGCCCUGAGUUGGUGGGAAGACAACCAGAGGGGCAGAUUUUCCCUCCUAACAGUUCCGGGCUAAUUUCUUUCCUCCUGCAUGAUUGUACCACAAACAAAGCGAAUUUGAUGACCUCGAGGAAGGAGGUAUGUCGGUUUUGACAUAUUAGUUAUUACAUGAAGUUCUUUCAGAUGGCGGAGUGUGACAUUGAGACGGAGCGAGAUAAGAAGUUGGCCAAGAAUUCUUCGGAACCUCAGAUACACAAUUCAGGAGGGAGCUUCCACCGAUGGUAUGUGUAGCAGCCAUUACCUACAUCAAACACGAUGCCCUUAGGAGGGAAAAACUCGGAAAGGGCCAAUAGGGUAUCAUAUGUAGACGACAUAAGAGGAAGGCUCAAACCCAGCCGUUCCAUUUGGGAGCAUUCAGCCAGCGGCUGUGCAGGAUGCCACAAUUUUCCACUGCCCCGAUGGUGGCAAGUUCAACACCACACCUUGCCCGACUUGUGGGAGGAUGUACCUAGGGCUAUGUUGCAAUCCACCCUGGGGAGGGAUAGUAUGCUUUUAGUGUGGCCAGUCUGGCCACCUCCGACAACAGUGUCCGUAAUUCGUCAUAGCACUUGUAUAGUCAGUGAGAUAAGGGCCAAAAAACAACAUCGUUGGUAGGUUUCAGGGGAAGACUGGGAGUGGAUAUUCUGGAGGUCGGGGUAUGAGGGCUAAUUCAAAAGCUCAUCACUAGGAGCAUCCAAUUGCUCACAGAAUCGAAUUCGAGCUUAAACGAGAGACAAACGUGAUUUGGAAGUUUCCGAUGUAAAAUAGACUAAUAUUUAAGUUUUGAAACUAUCUCUGACUUUUCAAGAAUAUUGGGCAUUGCUAUUCGUCGCCCUAAAAUACCUUAUUCGUCGCCCUAAAUUUUUCGAAAUGACUCAAAUAUCCUUAGU